UUCUGAUAGCUGCCAUGUCUCAUCGAGGCUUGGCAAAACAACCAGACCAUUACGAAGAUACAGACAGUCCAGAUCUGCGAAAGGAGCCUCAAACUGUUGACAACAUGCAGCUUUUCCUGCCUGACAUGCCCCACAUUUUGAAUCAAGAUGAUGCAACCUCAGUCCCCCAUAGGCUGGCUACUAGCCAUGAGCAUACACGAGGAAUUCCCAAUCACUAUGAAGAUAAAUCUCCACAUGCCCUGCAACAAGACAGUUUGGGUAGUAGGUACUAGGUCACAUGAACCACAACAAGACGGGAAUUCUUGGAGAGAGGGGUUAAAGUCCGGGUCUAGUUCUCGUCUCUCAAAGUCGAGUCGUAGUAGCAACUUUUCUCAGGAUGAUGAUAUGGAUGGCUCACUUUUGGACUUGGCAGAUGAACUGGGGGAUGAGAAGGAGGAGCUUGUGAGUAUGGCGCCCAAGGGGAGGGAGACAGACAGAGGGAUCGUGGAGGAACCGUACCCCACGAGCAGUCUCCAGAAAUCACCUGCUGUGCUGAACUCACAAACCUUACCGAGAUCGUUCCACUCUCCCGAGCACACUCCCCCAAUAAUUGAUCGCCAUCACCACCGCUCCCCAUACAAGGAUGACCACACACACUCACCCAAGCAUAAGCCCGGGGUUUCCCCGUACAAGGAGGAAGAGGCCCCUAGGCACAGUCCUACCGAGCAACAUAAGAUUGGGUCAUCUCAAACGACCGGCCGAGAGCACAAGAAGAAGAAGGAUGGGAAAAAACUUGUGAGACAGUGGGUGCAGGAGCAACGGCUCAGGUCAUUCCAACCAUCACAUAGCUCACAGGACAGCACCAGUAGCAGCAGUAUAGGAGGCAACCUCGAACACUUUCAACCCUCCCCUGAACUACGAGUUUUGCACGCUACACCACCCUCUCCACUCACUUCACAAGGCCCUUCACAACCAUCACAGUUGAUGCAAGGUCCACCUAAACCACCACGAAAUUACUACCCAGACAGUUCGGAACUAUAUGAUCACAUCUCAUCACACUCAAAGACACUACCCUCACCAAAGAAAGACAGGAAAGCUCCCAAUACCUCCCCGAAUAGAAACAAUGCUUUUCAAAAACCUGAGAGUCCAUUACUACAGUACAAGUCAAGCGAGGCAAUUUACCCCACUCAAAGUAGAGAAUCUAAUAUUGUAACCUCCAAUUACAAGCAAUCUGAUAUUACCACUGAUCCUAUCCGUGAAGUUGAUGACCUUUUAAAUGAACUUACCGCUAACAACGAACACUUUGUUCAUCCAAGACACACUUCAGGUUCCAAACUGGAGCACCCAUCUCAUGGCGAUGAACCUAACUCUGAGUUGGAGCGAUUCCGUAGAGCAAGCGAUAGUAAAGUAGAACAAGCAAGGCAUAAUCGCCGAGCAUCUGAAAGAAAACUUCUCAACUCCCAGAAAGCUGUCAACCAAUUGUUGUCCGAGAACCGAGAAAGUGACAUUGGUGUGUUUAGUCAUGACAUCGAGCCUCGAAGAAAACACGUUCAAAUUGCUGAGCAUGAAUCUCAAGUCAUUAAUGACAAUUCCCCUUCACUUGUUGAUAACUGGUUUGAUAAGAAUGUUGAGUCUCCAGAGCCGCAAGUACAGGAGGGCACAGAGGAGAACUUGUCGGGGUGGACUGACACACCUCGAGUGACCUCACCCACCGACUUCAAAACUAUAAUGGAUGAAGUAAGGGAGAGUGAAAUGGUACCCCGACCCCCGGCCCACCUUGUAGCACUCUCACAGGAUAUGGAGGCAGAGUGGUCUGAUCUGAGGAGUCCUUCUCCCUCUGGCUUCACCUCCCCGCGUCUACUCCCCCCAUCUAGUGUCUCCUCCUACAGCUCUCCAUUUCAUGCCAGUGUGGAACAUUUACAGAAGAUUGAUCUCAAUGUGACGGGUAAAACUGAGAUGAACAAUUUCCGGCCUUCUAGCGCUACGGCAACACUGCCUCCGGUGAUAGCAAGUUUUCUCUCCAGGGUGCGACAGUCGUCUACAGAACCAGCUGACAGUUCGGAUGGAGCUAUUUCACCUCCUCUGGAUGAAACAAGUGAAAGAAAAGCCAGUGUAAAUCAGGCAUCAACUCUGAAACAACAAAGUAACUCUACUGAAGGUAGACAAAAUUCUCGACCCUUGUCUCCACUAGUAGCCGUACCCCCUACUUACGAUUCACCCAGGCUUGUUCGCAUGCAAAUGUCACCCACCAUCAAAGUCAGUCCGCAUACGUUUAAUGAAGAGGAAUCCUCAAAGAAUAACACUCUGAAGAGCGCUGAUAUCACACACAGGCAAUGGAUAGAUGAUGAUAAUCACCUAGAAAUGAAAAAGUCGAUUAAAACUCCAUCGUUUGUCAGUUCUGCUAACGCGCACCCUUCAACCAUUGGAACUGCCAGUACAAACUAUUAUAGUUCCGAUGCUUCAGUUACCAUAACUACCAGUAGCUCCGAUGCAGUUGUGUACGACACACCAAAAGCAGCUCACAAGCAGUACCAAACAAGCCUUGUGUACCCUGAGGUCGUUACUCGAGAGCCAAAUAAACGAUCUUCAUUUAUAGAAAAUGAUAAAUCGACAGGCCUUUUGAAAUACGCGCAAAGAAAUGCGGAUCCACUUCAAGAACAGAAACAGUUUGCACACACUUGGAACACAAACUAUUUUGAUGAACCAGAGACAAAGCAAGUUGGCUACUCCAGUUCACAGCAGCGACGUUCAACAGAACCUACCGUAUCCCUGGGCUCCACUCCCACUGCGUACCGCCCCCCUCCCAGUCCGAGCACUCCGCUAACCCCUAUGUCACAGCACACCCACAGUGAUCUGGCCCCAAAUACAUUUACCUAUCCAACUAGAGUUAACCUGCCUCCUUCACAGAAUCAUGAGGUCAUAAAAUCAACACGAUUUCAACAGCCACCUCCAUUUACCAACUCUGGUACUACACAGGGGCAAAAUACACGGCCUGAAACUGGGCAACUGAAGAGCUAUAACCAAGCGAAUCCACGGUCUCGAAACUACAGGCCCCCAUCGCAGGGGGGACAUGUAGGAGGUGAUGUUCGUAGGACACAGACGUUUAGUACUGGCCGAGAUUCAGGAUGGUCCAAUCGCUAUCCACAUGAAGAGCAACGUCCAACAAUAUCACCAAUAAGUGACGACUCGCUGCCAAACUCUCCCACUUAUUUCAUCACUAACAAUCCUAAUGAUGAUAGGGACACACCCUCUCCUGCUACACAGGCCCAAAACGCAUCAUUUCAAGAACAUCUCAAGGAACUGGAGGUGAAAGGGAGUCGUAAAUUGCGAGUGCUUGAUUGGAUGAAACAGUCAUCAACUAAUUCACAAACAAAACGCAAUCAAGAAAAGGCGCCUAUGAAAAAAGACACAAACAUGACUGUUCCUACAAAGCCGUACCAGAAACAAGCUCCUGUGUAUGCUUCCAUUGAUGAUCUUGAUGAAAAUGCUCACACACAAGAACCAAGAUCUAGUUCUAGGCCUGGAUCAGGCAGACCGACAGGAGUACAGAGAAGUGGUUCCAUACCUGUGUCCGGAAAUAGACAGCCCGAUUCAACGAGACAGAGAGAGAUCGAAACACAGCGAGAGUUUGAGCGUCAACGAAUUAAACUCAGUUCCCAUUCUGCUACUGGAUACGAUAUGGAACAAAGACACAGAGGAAGUGUGCCUUCUCGGCCAUACUCAAGACAGGCAACUGAUCAAAGGCGUGUUGAGAUGGAGCGACGAGCAACUGUUGCUGAUACAAGGCCGGCCACCCAAGUACAGAGAAGAGCAAACACUUUUUCUUACCCCAAUUCUCAAUUUCAACCUCCAGUGGCUCAAGGAGGAGGCGGUGAUCCACGAAGUACGAACCGAGCCACUCCCACUUCAAGCACAGGUCCCACGAACAAUCCAGGUUACCCAACAACUAAGUAUUCAGGCAAAGACUAUUAUGUUAUUGAUGUUUAGCAUUGUUGCAGAAUUUUCCCACUACUUGUACAGUACAUGUACAUGUUAUACUUGCUUUUCUACAUUUGUUUGUAUAAGGAGCAUCAAAGCUAAUAAGAUUUUGA